GAAAAUCUAAAGAAACGAAUAUAAUAUACAUAUAUGGAAAAUACUAAAGUUCAAUAAUAAAAGAAAUCGAAAAGUAGAAAUCAUAUUUUUGCUAUAUUAUGGAUGGCUUAGUUGAAAUACCUUAUUAUAUAAUUUAUUUUAAUACUGGAUUAAUUAGUUAUUCGCAUAUUUAAUAAUUUUAUUCAUUUUAUAAUAAUUUACCAAAUAAAUAUUAUUAGAAUUUAAAAAACAUAUAUAUAGUUAAUCCUUCAAUUUUAGUAAAGUCUUAUAACAUGUUUAAAUAAUAAACUGUAUCAAAAGAAAAAAUUCUUUAUUUAAAAUCAUUAAAAAGACUAAUAAAGUUAGAUUUUAUGAAUUAAUCUUUGAUUAAUAAAAUAUCAAAAUACGUAAAAGACUAUAAUAAUUAUAAUGAUCCUAUAAAGACUUCUUAAAAUCACGAUAAAUCAGAAAAUAUGGAAAAAAAAAUUCUUUUUGGAAAGAGUUUAGAGGACUUAGAGUUAGAUUAAGAGUUAAUGAUUCCAGUAAUUGUAGUUCAUUUAUUUAGUUAUUUCGAAAACAAUGCUUAAUUUAUUUAAGAAUAAGGUAUUUUUAGAAAAUGUGCUACUGAAUCUGGUAUAAAAUUAGUUGAAAAAGAAUUAAUUGAUAAAAAUUAUGAAUAUUUAAAUAGAGUCGAAGAUCCACAUAUUGUGGCAUCUUGUAUAAAAAGAUUUUUUAUUUAAUUACCUGAACCAAUAUUUCCAUUUAAAUAAUAUGAAAAAAUAAAGAAAUUCUCGGUAAUUUAGGACUAAUAUGAAUUUAAAAAAAAACUAUAAGAAAUAAUAGAAGAAAUUCCUAUUUUGAAUUAUAAUGUUUUAAAAAACAUCUAAAUUGUUUUUGUUGCAUUCGUUUAAUUUAUUUUCAAGACUUUUAAUUUAAGAAUUUCAUUAUAAUUUUGUAAAUUAUCAAUUAACUUUUGA